AUGAAGCUGUCUCUUUUCACCAUCUCCGCCCUCGCCGCGUCUCUUGCGAGCGCCUACCCCAUCACCGGCGACGACGUCAGAUGCCGCAGCGGUCCUGGAACCAGCUAUGCCAUCAAAAAGACGUUCAAGAAGGGCACCAAUGUCAAGAUCACCUGCCAGACAACGGGAACCAACAUCAAGGGCAACAACAUCUGGGACAAGGUUUCCGAAGGAUGCUAUGUCUCGGACUACUAUGUCAAGACUGGCUCUAGCGGCUUUGUCACCAAGAAGUGUCCCGGCAGCGGUGGUAGCUGUGGUGCACCCAAGUCUAAUCAGGCCACUGUGAACUUGAUUGCUAGCUUUGAAGGUUUCCGAGCCAACAUAUACAAGGAUGCAGCUGGCUACCCUACCGUAGGCUACGGUCACCUCUGCUCAAACUCCAAGUGCACCGACGUCAAGUAUUCCAUUCCCCUCUCUCAAGCCAACGGCAAGAAGCUCCUUGCGAGUGACAUGGCGAAAUUCGAAAAGUGCAUCACAGCCAUGGUCAAGAGCAACGUCAAGCUCAACAAGAACCAGUACGGCGCCCUGGUCAGCUGGUCCUUCAACAAUGGAUGCGGCGCUGCCAAGACAUCCACCCUCAUCAAGCGCCUCAACAAGGGCGAGGCUCCCAACACGGUGAUUUCUCAGGAGCUUCCAAAGUGGGUUUAUGCAGGAGGCAAGAAGCUCAAUGGUCUUGUUCGUCGUCGCAAGGCAGAGGUUGCUCUGGCUAAGAAGGCGACGACUGAGAAGGCUCUGCCCAAGAGCUGUUAG